CCCCCUCACGCUCCACCGCUGCUGAAGCAUCACUAGUUAGCUUUUAGCAAUUUUGUGCUGUUGACGAUUGUUGGGUAGCUAACUUCUCACUUAAAUGUACAGUUCCAGACUUUACACACUCUGGUAGCGAAACUUAAAUCCAGAAUGUGCUCCGUCGUUGGGUGUGAGUCGUGGCGUCGCAGAGCUCAACAUUUCAUUCUUCCAGCAGACCCAGAGAGGAGACUGGAGUGGGUCCAGUUUCUCUUCGAAGUCAAUGGUCAGAGACUUAAAGAAACCUCAUGGACUGACAUCCGUGUUUGCAGUGAACACUUCACAAGUCACUGUUUUCUAACAGUGACUCGAGCUGCUGGUUCGACCCAGCUAAAAUCUGAUGCUGUACCAUCAGUGUGUUCGCCUGACGAACCAGAGUCCAAACAGGAUAUUAUUCAGCCGAAAUAUCCUGACCAACUUGAAUAUAACCAACUUAACAAAUGCCAUGGUCCAACUCCAGGAUCUUCAACAUUAAACAAAGAGGAGAACUGCUAUUUAACGAGCGUCCCUGCAAGCCCAGCAUCAAGCGAGGCCUCUGAAUAUUCAUCAUCAUCAGAUUAUUGUAAGAUGCUGGAAAAAAUUGAAAACCUUGACAUUAUCAAGGAAAAAGUUAGCAUGCUUCGGAUGAGUAAGAGGUACAUUGUAAACGAAAAGCAGCUACUCCAGCUGUUCAGUGCCACUUGCCCCAUGUGUCAAUCUGAAGUAAAAACCGAGAAAGUGGUCUGUGGAGUCCUGUUAGUCCUGAACCAGCAGUGCCGGCAGUGUGGCUACAAGAACCACUGGAAGAAUCUGACCCAAAACAGCAUUACUGCAGUGUCAGAAGAUCAUCAGACCAAAUGCAUGGAAAUAUUUUUAGAGGCAACAUCUACAAAGACAGUAGAGAUCAGUGAGAAUGUCGAAGUUGUUGACAAGGAGAGUGAUCACACCACAGAAUCGGAGGAAUCCAGCGAUCCGGGUGAGGUCAAGGACUCAGACGACAGCUGGGACCCAGACUCAGACGACAGCUGGGACCCAGACGACGAGCUUUCAGUUUUGGAAUCUGAGAAAGAGAGCUCUGACGAAGACGUCCACAUGCAUGGUAGUCUGAAAAACAGGGAACUCUGCACAGAUUGUGGGAUGUUUUUUGUAAAACGAAAGCCUCACACCUGUGAGUAUAAAAUUAAGCCCUUCUCUUGUAACACCUGCGGGAAGAGGUAUGCCACUGACCACGCCUUAACUCUUCACAAUAGGGUGCACAGUGCAAACUAUGAGCAUCCUUGCAAAUAUUGCCGUGUUGGGUUUAAGACAAAAGUAGCCAAAAAGGCCCACGAGCAGACUCACUUAAAUGAAAGUAAUCCUUUUAAAUGUCCCGAAUGUCUGGAAACAUUUGCCACGUACAAGAAGCGCAAAAGCCACAUGAGGAGACACUUGAAGCCAGGGCCGCUGAAAUGUCCCGUUUGUGGGAUCGAAUUCUUUUGGGCUGUGGCUCUCCAGAGACACUCGAUGGUGCAUACAGGGGAAAAACCGUUCAAGUGCUCGGUGUGCCAGCGUGCCUUCAAACAGCCCAGCCAUCUGAAGUCCCACAUGCGCCUGCACACAGGGGAGAGGCCUUACAAGUGUAAACAAUGCGAUAAAUGCUUCAAUCACAACGUGAGCUUGAAGAGUCACGUCCAGCGUUGCCAUCAACAUAAAACGACAAACCUGAAGGGAUGCGCUGAUGGUGGCCCCGAAGUAGAGGAUGCGCAGCUUGCAGAAAAGGAGGUGAAAACUCAGAGGAGGACGAGGAGGACCCUCACAGGUAGACCAGUCGGGAGACCUAAGAAGAACCCCAGAGUCACAAUGUCCGAAGAAAAAAAAGAGUCUGGCCGAGCUGCAAAACCCAAGACGGCCAAAGUAAGAAAGCGAAAACCAAAGAAAAAGCCGUCUAGCAGUGAAGAAGAGGAGGAGGAGGAGCUGAGUGAGAGUGAGGAAUCUUUGGACUUAAUGGAAGAAGAGGAGCAGUAGCAGAAUGAAGAUGUGAGAUCAGGCUCGUAAGCCGAAAGCUCAAGAGUUUGACCUGACAGAAAUGGCAUCUGUAAGAGUUCAAGAAGCCCCAGAAAAAAAUGUUGAGGAAGCUUAAAUUAUGACUCAGUUUGGGCCAAAUUCUCCUUUUGCCGAUGUAGAGUUAGUAAUCUUUGGUAAUAAAAGGUAAUUCUCAGGUCAUUUAGCAUGGUAUAAAUCAUUUUUGAGAUGCUGUUUUUUUAAAGUGGACUAAAAAUACUGUAAAGAUACAGUAGUUCAAUCUUUUGAGAGAUGUCUGCUUGUUUUAAUUGAAAGCGAGAGAGAGAGACCAUGUUCUUGCCUGACCUUGAUUUUUGUCUUUCUGGUUAUUUAACUCUUGUACAAAUGUUUAUUUGGAAAAAACAAAACAUUUGGUACAAUUAAAGUCAGUACACUGUUUUAGCUGGUUGGUGGUACUUUGUGUAUCAGCUUUGACUAAAUUGAACUAAAGUUGUUCUUCUACAUUGUUCUCAUAUUUUGGUUUUAUGUAAACGUAGUUGGAUGACUUCGAUACAAGAAAUGUUUUCAGCAUAAAGUUGCUAAAAUAUUUUUGGCUCUGUCCAGCAGUCAUUUUAGUGGCAGAAAUGGUUUGUUUACAGACAUGAAACUGAAGCAGGAAGAGAUGAAAUGGCAACUAAAUGGCAACAAAUGUUGCUACAAAGAAAUGGGAACAAUUUAGUGAUUGGGUGGAUUGACCCAAAACUCUCCUGGACUCUUUCCUCCACUGCCUUCGCAGGUGUUGUUUUCAUAUCCACACCUAAGUUAAAAAAUUAAAAGCUGCAAGUCAGAUGCAGUUCUGCUACUCUCCAAUAAUUGUGUUCACACGAAGCAGAGCUUCACAUGCUCCACACCCAUGUGAAGCUCUGCAGCUCUUAGCGUGGUGCACAUCUGUCACACGUGAUGUGUUGCAGAUCACAAAACAGCCACACUCUUCUGUUCUUCAUAUAUGAAGAACAGAAAUGUAACAAGCUUGACUUUAGUCUUACAACAAAUGCAGAAUUUAAUUGCUCCAUUCAUUUUCUGUUGGUUGAAAGUUUUUAGUUUUAAACUUAAUUUGGGAUUAAACUCCAUUUUUUAAAAUUGAAUUAUAACGGGUGAGUGCACUCCCUGUGCACCUCUUUGAUUUAGUAACAUUCUGCUGUACAAACCGAGGACACUCUAAUCCUCGAUUGGCAUCAUUGUUUGUUUCAACGUCUGGGUGAGCAGAUAAAUCCAGAUUUGUCACUGUGUGUCACUUUCACUGAUGAGCAAACUAAUCCCCUGGUGGACAGCCAAGAUGGGAUGAGUUAACAUGAGGAAUAAUGGCUUAUGGGUGAGGAAAACAAAGAAAGAUAAGAGCAAAUAGGACUAGUUUUAUUUCCAGUGGCCCAAAGUUAAAAGCUGCACAAAGUGUGGAUGUCCUUUUUCCAGACUGUCAAACUCUUGGCACAAAAAAAAACCCUUCAGCCUUCUGCAAAGCUUUGGAAAAUAUUGGUUACAUUUUAUAGAGAAAUGCCAAGUGAGACCUGUAAGUGGACCCACUUGAAUGUUACAUGUGUGACACACGAAACAUUUCAGCGUUUAAGAAAAGCCCUCAUUCAGCUCUGUCUGCUGCAGUAAUAUGAUGGUGUUUGACUUCCAAAUUGAAGCACAGUCAGCAGCUUGAGCAGAAAAAUAUAUCUAUUUUUUAAACUUUGCUUCUUGUCUAUUUAGGUAAAAUUCUGCGACAUCUACACCACAUUGGACUGUAAAAGUUGCACAACAAUUUUUUUUACAGUACACAAAAAUCAAGAGAUGCUUAAAUGUUUUAAAAUAGUCUAUGUAGUGUGGUUCCUGUUAUACUGAAAACAUACAGGCAAAUGUUUGGUCUAAGCAUAAAAAUAUAU